AUGGAUUCCCUAGUCGGCUCUAUUCCGUGCAUGACUCGCUUGUACAUAACGACGUCGCUAUGUCUCAUGGUACUCUGUUCGUUGGACAUCAUAAGUCCGCUCAACCUCUACAUGAGCUGGACCUUGAUAUUACAAGGCGAGGUGUGGCGUCUCUUGACGUGUUUCAUCUACUUCGGGUCAUUUGGAAUGAAUUUCUUCUGGAACAUCUACGUUCUGAUACACUACUGCAGCUCGCUGGAGAGCGUGAGUAUGCAUAACCGUCCAGCGGACUUCUUUUGGAUGCUCAUAUGUUCAGCAGUGAUGUUGCUGGGUUUAUCGCAAAUUUUUCACCACAACAUGUUCUACGGUGGCACCAUGAUCAACGUCCUGACCUACAUCUGGGGCCGAAAGAACCCCUACAGUAGGGUUGGGGUAGUUUUUAUAUCGGUUCCGGCACCGUAUUUACCAUGGAUCAUGAUGUUGUUGUCCUACUUUGCUGGGUACCUGCUCACCGAGAACCUGAUAGGCAUCGCAGUAGGGCACACGUAUUACUUCUUCAGCGAUGUGUUCCCGAGGAUGCCCAUCUCCCGGGGUAUAGAGAUUUUCGGGGCACCGCGGUUCGUGUAG